CACUAUUCUAUCUAUAAUAAAUAAAAAAACAUCAAACCUUUCACUUUCAUUUUUGUUAUAGCCAUGUGUACUAUACCUAGAAAUACCGGCGCACAUAUCCUCGUCUACCCAUUUCCUGCGCCGGGACACAUUAUACCUCUCCUCGAUCUCACCCACCUGUUACUCACCCGCGGCCUCACCAUCACCGUACUGGUCUCCCCAUCUCACCUCCCUCUUCUCCAACCAAUCCUCUCUAGCCACCUGUCCUCGUCCAUCCAACCCCUGGUUCUCCCUCUUCCACACUCCUUCACUUCCUCACAAUCAGGCCUUCUCGGUAAAAUACGCGCCACGGGUGAACUUUACGAUCCUAUCCUCCGAUGGUUUCGAUCCCACCCUUCGCCCCCUGUGGCCAUCGUAUCUGAUUUCUUCCUGGGGUGGACCCACCGCCUCGCAACCCAUCUCGGCGUGCCACGACUUGCCUUUUGGCCAUCUGGCGCUUUUACCGCGUCGAUUUUGGAUUCCCUGUGGCGCAACCUACCGAAGAACAAUGAUCUGGGCAACGAAAAUUUUUUGAUUUCAUUUUCGGAAAUUCCUAAUUCUCCGAUUUACCCUUGGUGGCAAAUAACACCUUAUUAUUGUGAUUUCAAGGAAGGAGACCCAGAACAUGAGUUCUUCAGAAAUGGGAUGUUGGCUAAUAAAGAGAGUUGGGGUGUCGUGUUCAACUCGUUCACUGAGUUAGAACGAGUUUACAUUGAGCAUAUCAAGAAGGAAAUGGGGCACGAUCGGGUUUGGGCUGUCGGACCCUUAUUGCCUCCGGAAGAUAAUGAUCUAGUGGGACUCACUAACCGCGGUGGAUCGAGUGCGGUGGCAGCUCAUGAGGUCAUGACGUGGCUCGACGGGAAGGCUGAUGAUUCUGUUGUCUACGUGUGCUUCGGGAGCCGUGUGGCACUGACAAGUAAGCAAAGGGAAGCGUUGGCGGCUGCGCUCGAGUGCAGUCGGGUGCAUUUUAUUUGGUGUGUGAAGGCAUCCGAUCAAGGACAUGCGGCAGGUAAUGAUGGAGCGAUCCCAAAUGGAUUUGAUGAUCGUGUGGGAGAUAGGAGUUUCAUAAUUAAGGGGUGGGCUCCCCAAGUGGAAAUAUUGAGACAUCGAGCUGUGGGUGUCUUCGUGACUCAUUGUGGUUGGAACUCAGUGCUAGAGGGUAUAUCAGCUGGGGUACUUAUGCUGACGUGGCCAAUGAAUGCGGACCAGUUCACCGACGCUAAGUUGUUGGUGGACCAACUAGGCGUGGCAAUUCGAGCUUGUGAAGGAGGAUCACAGAAUGUUCCAGAUGUAGACGAGUUGACUCGGGUGUUGGGUGAGUCGGUAAUUGGGUCUCGGACUGAGAGAGCUAGAGUUAUGCAGCUGCGUAACAUGGCCAGGAAUGCUCCUGUGAAAGGAGGAAGCUCAACCAGAGAUUUGGAGAAAUUCGUGAAGCAUUUAGGUGAGCUCAAUAAAAGAUAUGUCGUGUGAUUAAUUCAGCUCCUUGGGGACCUCGGAUUUGAAAUAAAGUUCGUUCUUUUGUGAUAAAUUUUGUAUGAUUAUAAAUUUUGUAAUAUAAAUUUUGUUUAUAUA